AUGACACUGAUUUCUUAUCUCCUAACAACUAUUUUUCUGGGAAGUUCUCUCAUUCAAGCAUCGAAUGUCACAGAUUAUGGCAUUCAUAUUCGCAUUUACGAUAAUAUUGCAGAAAUUCUUCAACCGAUAUCCCCAUUCGAUUUGCCGGUUAAUUACUCUCAACAAGAAUGGACCGACAUUCGAACCGAUUCAUUUCGACUAAUCGGCAAGCAUGUGAAUAUCUACGCCCAAAGUCUUUACUACAAUGAAACGACUACCAACGGACAAAAGAUUCUCAUUCAACGUAGUACACACAAUGAAACGUAUACACCAGCGAUUAUGAUAGACGAAACACGAAAUUUAGUACACGAUCUUGUCGAUAAUACAUAUUAUGUACUCACUCCUGAUCGAAUUCGGUACUUGUCGACUCCAUUCGUUCGUCGAUAUUUCGUUGAUUUCAUAUUUGACCUCAAACAUGAUGAACAACUCUAUCUACGGUAUUUACAAAACAACAUCAAAUGGCAAGUACGGUAUGAUCUGCAGUUAGAAAUGAACGAUACUGAUUCGAUUCUACAAGCAUACGCGGAUAUACGGAAUGAUGGAAGUUCGUUGCUGAUGAUCGAUUCAGCUGAAUUGAUUGCCGGCGAUGUGAAUAUUCGUUCAUCAUCGUACUCGUCCGCUUCGUAUAAUGACUACAGUGGUUUUGGCAGCGCCGGAGUUGCUAGCGACCAACAGAUCAUUGCUACGACAACAUAUCCGACACCAAUAAUAUCUCAAAGUGAAGAAUUGGCUGGUCUUUAUAUAUUCACGAUCAACGAUACAUUUAUUCUCGAUCCUCACUCGAAUUAUAUCCUUCCGAUGUUUCGUCCGACCAUUGAUAUCGAACGUUACGGUUUAAUCGAUAAAUAUUUUCAACGAAUGGAUCGUCAAGGCAAUGCUCAACGUGCCUAUCGUCUUCGCGUACCGGAUAAAUAUCUCCCCAAAGGACAUGUGUUUGUUCGCGAAUCCGAUCGAUUAGUGGGCGAGACCACCUGGUCGGAUUAUUCAGCGAAUGAGACCAAUGAAUUCUAUUUAGGUGAAGAUCCUGAUUUACAAUUCAUAGAAUCGAUUCAAUUAAUAUCACGUCGGCAAGCAUAUGAAGCGAAUGGUUAUCGAUUUAUCCUCUCGACUUAUUCGAUGAAUUUACGUUUGAUUAACAGUAAAAAACGUCCGAUGGAUCUGGAAUAUCGCCUAAGAUUUUCCUCGCAAGAUAACUUAACGUUGAAGGAGAACACAAAUGAUACUCUAUUACAAGUCGAUGGUUCAGUCAUCGUUGGUCUAUUUCAGUUGAAUGCCAAUGACGAACAAGAAUUCAAGUUUACUUUCGAAACACAAUAA